CGAUAUGGGACCCCCCCGCAGCUCCAACAUCUUCACCGUGACCACUUUGGAGGCUACUUUCCCCGCCCACCCUAUAAAUACGAUGCGGGCCUCUAACUCGGAAUCGGAAGAAGAGAUUCGCAAUUACGGACAGCGAAGAAACUGCCGGCGGAAACCCGAUUCCAUCACCACUUGACUUCACACGCCGCCAAGCCCUAUAGAUCGACGUCCCGGACUCUCUGUAUACAACAUGCAUAUCUUGGUAGUUAACGACGAUGGACCGCCCUCGAAGCGUCUGUCCCCAUACAUCCACCCAUUCGUCAGUGCCCUCCAAGAUGCGGGUCACCUCGUCUCCGUAGCCAUCCCCGCCGCAUCGCGAUCCUGGAUCGGCAAAGCACACCUGAUAGAAGCGUCCCUGAAGGCAACCUACGUACCCCCCGACGCCUUCCGAAACGACGGAACGUGGGAUGAGCAUCACAACUCCUCCGAGACUAAACAACCACAAUCCGAAUGGGUCGUCAUCAGGAACGGUACCCCUGCUAGCUGUGUCCAAUUGGGCCUGUUCAAUCUCUUCAACGACCGUCCCCCGGUCGAUCUGGUUAUCUCGGGACCCAACCAUGGUCGGAAUGCCUCAACCGUGUACAAUCUGUCGUCUGGAACGGUCGGCGGCGCCCUCGAAGCAGCGACCUGCAGUAAGCGCGCUAUCGCCAUAUCCUUCGGAAGUAAGGAUCCGCAGCCGGAUGAGAUCAUCCGCGCCGCGGCUAGACAUGCCGUGAAGGUUGUCAAUUAUCUCUACGAGCACUGGCAUGAUAGUGUUGAGCUGUAUAAUCUCAAUGUGCCGAUGCGGAAGGACGUGGAGAGCAGACCCGUCCGGUGGACCGAGGCGCUGCCGUACUACUGGCCCCGAGGCUGUAUGUAUGCCGAAGCGGCGGGGGAACAGAAGAUGGUUAAUGGACACACGGAGACCAACGGCGAGGCUGUCAAUGGGACUAGCGGGUCGCAUCUCAAGGAGAUCGAUUUCACCUGGGCGGCUGAGUUGUCGGAGAUGAAGAAGACUCUGCAGUCGAGUCCGGAGGGAACCGAUGCACAUACGGUGUUGAAUGGGGAUACAAGUGUCACGGCUCUUCGUGCGAAUUUCUGGCAUGUCCCUAAUCUAGAGGGGCCCAUAGAUCUUGAUGGUUGAUAUGAGGAUUACGCACAUUACAUGAUGAGAUAAAUAGAUACCCGUGGAGGCUCUCGUUUUGCUUAUUUUGCCGGAGACUUCCCUGUUGGUUUUAAUCAUUGCCUUAGUAAGGAAAAUGAUGCGGGGCAUCGCAUCAAUUCUCCUGUUGCAUUACUUGUUAUCUAUCGAUAUAUAUAUAAAAUCUGUCCACAGGACUUGGAGA